GACGACGGGAGCAACAGAGCGCUGAAGAGUAGACGGCAGGUGGAUAAUUUACAACCUCUACGUCUUCAUGUCUCACCUGUUCAAAGUUAAAUAAACCGACAGGUAGGUUCUCCAUCUGCAAAUGUCUCGCUUUUGUUGAAACUUCGGCGUGCGAAAUUAAAGAAUAACAACAUCAGCUCAGAGUGGACAAAAGGACACAACCACGCCGGCGUAGUCUGGGCUAAGCAGGUCACUAACUGUGAGAGGAGGAACCUUGAAGCUGCAGAAAUGUUGUCAGCAGAGGAGAUUCUGUGCAGCACACAACAGGUGAUUUCAGGGCUAGAGGCACUGAGAGAGGAGAAUUGCGGUCUUCUGGAGAACUUGCAGCAGGUGAUGGAGAGCCAGUCGACUUUGGAGACCAGCAGUGUGGAGCAGGAGAAGAGUGGCAUCAUCUGUCAGUCACUGGAGAGGAUAGAGCUGGGGCUGAGUGAAGCUCAGGUGAUGAUGGCAUUGUCAGCUCACCUGGGAUCAUUGGAGGCGGAGAAACAGAAGCUGCGAGCUCAGGUGCGCCGUCUCUGUCAGGAGAACCAGUGGUUGAGGGACGAGUUGGCCAGAGCUCAGCAACGGUUGCAAGACAGGGAACAGGUGGUGGUCACCCUGGAGGAGCAGAAUAGGCACCUGCAAUUCAUGUCCUCCAUACGCAAAUAUGACCAGGACGAACAGCAGCAGGUUAGACAAACUAUAUGCAUGCACAAAUGCACAAGUUAGUUAGUUCAUCAGCCAACCAGAUGUGCAAUUAACCAAAUAUUUAAAUGUGAAUAAUACAACUUGACAACAUUAGAGAGAAUGAAUCUGUUCUUUAUUUAAGGCUUUCUUCAGGUACGUGUUUUGUAUAUGAAGUGCAUUGAAACUACUCUGUGACUAAAACCUGAGAAAGUGUAAUCAGUGUAGACCUAUAGACCCUGAAACCUUUUUGAAAAAUGUGUUAAAAGACAAACUAAAGUGAGCUUUUAAAUUCACUCUUGAAUCUGUAAUAAUUGUAUCUUGCGACCUCUAAGGAGGAAAAGCACACUCAGACCUGCCAUAUUAUGGUACUAUGUGUAAAUUUUUUUGCCACUGAAUAUGGUUUUCUUGCCUGGAGUGGCUGUGAUCAUUCACAAGAAAAACAAGGCAAUCAGAGAUGACCGAAUUCAC